GGCAGUACGCAGCUGGGCUGAGAAGAGAGAGAAGCGCUCCUCCUUCGCUCCGGAGUUUGGCCGAAAGAAAGAGAAAAAAGGAAAGAGAGAAGGGGAGAGAGAGAGAUGGCUGCGUCCCGGGGCGGCCCUUCCUUCCCCCUUCUCCCCGUCCUCCUGCUGGGCUGCGCGGCCUUCCUGACGGGGAGGGGGUCCGGCUCCUCCUCCCACUCCCUGCGCUAUUUCUACACUGCUGUCUCUGAGCCUGGGGAGAAGGAGCCCCAGUUUUUCGCUGUGGGCUACGUGGACGACCAGCAUUUUGUUUCCUAUGAUGCCAAAGCCAAGAGGCGCAUUCCUACCGUCCCCUGGAUAAGGAAGGUGGACAAGGAGGACCCUGAGUACUGGGAGCGGAACAGCCAGAUUGUGCGGAAUGCUGAGCUGGGCUUCCAAGCGGACCUGGUGAAUGUGGCCCGGUACUACAACCAGAGCGGAGGGACUCACACUUGGCAGUGGAUGUACGGCUGUGAGCUGAGGAGAGACGGGAGCAGAGGAGGAUAUGAGCAGUAUGCCUAUGAUGGGAGGGACUACAUCAGUUUUGACAAGGAGACCCUCACCUGGACGGCAGCCGAUGUCCCAGCCCAGAACACCAAGAGGAAGUGGGAAGCUGAACGGGCCAAUGUCCAGUUUGCUAAGGACUACAUGGAAGGGACCUGCAUUGAGUGGCUGCAGAGAUACCUGGAGUAUGGGAAGGAGACCCUGCUGAGGACAGAGAAGCCAGAAGUGACAGUGACACGCAAGGAGGACUAUGAUGGCAUGGAGACCUUGAUCUGCCGCGUGGGGGGCUUCUACCCCAAGGAGAUUGACAUCGACUGGACGAGGGAUGGAGAAGUCUGGCUGCAAGAUACCUACCAUGGCCUGGUGUCCCCCAACUCGGAUGGAACUUACUACACCUGGAGGAGCAUCAAGGUGGACCCCAAGGAGAAGGAACGCUACAAAUGCCACGUGGAGCAUGAUGGGCUUCUGAAACCUGUGGACGUGGCCUGGGAGGAGCCUGCCUCCAACCUGUGGGUGAUCAUUGCAUGUGUCGUUGGUGUUCUCGUCCUUCUCCUGGCAGCUGGGAUUGCUGUGUAUUUCAAACAACGACAAAAUGUCUACAAAGAAGCUCCAGUUCGUGACCAAGAUUCCAACAGCUCUGGGACAGGGUCUGCUGUGCCCAUCUAGGAAUCCCACAGCAAGAAGCAUAGAGUUGGAAGAGACCUCGUGGGCCAUCCAGCCAAGAAGUCCCAAUUUAAAGGAUUACCUUGUUUUCCUGGUGUGACCAUCCGAUCUGCUAUGGAAGAGUAGAGAAGGGAAGUGAAGUGAAGAGAAGAGAAGAGAAGAGAGUGUGUGUGUGCAUUUGAAGAUUUCUUCAGUGUCUUUCACUGACUUGUUGCCUGUUUGGUUUUUGAGAAUAUUUUAGAUUACAGGGUGCAGUCGAAAACACCUUGAGGUGAUUUGGUUUUUUGAUGGAAUUAGAGUGUUUUAGAAUUUAUUUGCAGUUGAAAGGAUGAGUUUAGGCUUUGCAUCUGAAUAAAAAAUAUUCAUUGAUACUAUGUUCAAAGUACGAAGUAAAACAGCCAUCUUGAGGGAGAAUAGAUAGAAGAUGGGAGGAGUUGGAGGUCUCCCGGGAUUGGCUAGAGCAAAGGAGGAGGAGGAGUCAAGUCUUGGGAGGGAAAAGAUUUCAGCUUCUGAGAGGUUGAGUUGGGAUUUGGAAACUGAAGGAAGAAGAAGUGGUUUUGAGACUGGGGUUUUCUGAGAGAGAGAGCGUUUGUGUCAGGCAGGGCUGAAUAAUUGGCAAGAAAGGUCAAGCAGCCUCCUGAUUACUUGUGGGAGAUAACACAAGGGAUUUGCUCUCUAGUUUAAGUAACUGAGCUGUAAGGGACUCUGGUGAGAGUGAGCGAAUUGCUCAGAAGACAGCCUGGGAUAGGUUAGUCAAGAACUCAUUGCUAUUUUGCUGAAGUAGAGUGAGGGAUUUUGUUUGUAACCAGCAGCUAUAUCUGUGAGAUGAGCUCUGUUUGUAACCAAGUCAAGACACUCUUUUUAAGCAACCAUUAAGACAUUGUGCUAUAGUAACAAGUCAAGCGUUUGUGCCUCUCAAAAGAAGAAGUCAGUUGUCUGUUUUUAUAAAUAAAUCUUUUCUCUGUUUGACUUUGAAGAA